GUUGUGAGAUUUUCUUAAUCAAAACUCAGGAAAAAAAAAAAAAAAAACCCCUUACUAUAAGGACGUUUUGGUUUUCCUUUCUUCUGGCAAUUCAGAUUAGUUGAAAUUUUCCCAGUUAUGCUUCUUAUAAGUAACUACUUCAAUAAUGGUGCGAUCUCACUUUGACUAGGGUCAGCUUGUUGGGUUUGGGUGCCUGCAUAGACAUUAGGGAGGCUAAUUGCUUUGGUAAGUCGAAGUGGGGAGCUGGAAUCAAACAGAGGUACAACGUACGCUAGCUAGUGGUUUGCUCCGCUUUGGAAUUCCUUAGACUGGAGAUCGGCGGUGUUUUGUGCAAACCUAGCAACUAUAACAGUUACCAUUAUGCUAUUUAUAAUCGCUGCCUCUGUGAUCUAUGUUGAGUCCAAGGAUUUUGUCUUGAAUAAGAUAUUAUCAGAAAUUGCAAAACGGUUUUGGGGCGAAUGGGAGCUCCGCUUGAUGGUUGUUUUGAGCCUUAUUCUCCAGCUAUUUCUCGUCAUCUCUGGGUAUAUUCGACGAAAAUACAUAGGCAAAAAAUUACCCUAUGUUGCAAUAAGUGUGUGGUUAGUAUACUUGUCAACAGAUUGGAUCGCAACUCUUGUUCUGACUACACUUCUUAAAGGUGACGUUGGUUUGGACAAUAAACUGAUUGUGUUCUGGACACCGUUCCUUCUGUGGCAUCUUGGGAGUCCACAUAACAUUACAGCUUAUUCUCUAGAAGACAAUGAUUUGUGGUUAAGACGCUUCUUUGGGCUAGUUUUUCAAGUUGGAGAGGCAAUCUAUAUCUAUGCAAGGUUUCGAUCAACAUCGAGCGCUGCAGUUAAUGCUGUGGCCGUUCCAAUCUUCCUCGCUGGAGUUAUCAAGUAUGGAGAAAGGAUAUGGGCUCUCAGAUGUGCGAGUGACAAACAACUCGUAAAUUCUUUUUUCUUAAUUUCUGAUAAGAAGACUAAUGAAGGGAGAAAAACCAUCAGAACAGGGCUGUUUGAAAUUACGAUUAAAGAUCUCUUUAAAGACAAAGGCGUCGUUCCUGAAGUUGAAUUUCUUCGCCAAGCAUAUACAUCAUACAUUGUUUUCAAGCCUCUUUUUACAGAUCUCCCAUUCCGGCUUUCCAGAGAGUUACAUGAUAACAUGGUGUACAUGAAGUCUCAAUCUGCCGAAGAUGCAUUUAAGUUUGUAGAUGUUGAACUUAGUUUCGUCUACGAUCUAUUCUUCACCAAGAAUCCCAUACAAUAUCGUCAUUUUAAAGUGAGUCUAUGUCUCGGUGGCUUCUGUUUUCUGUCCAUGGUUUGUUCAAUGAUUGGUUUCACAGCCGUUAUGGAUAGGAGCGAGCAUUCAGCAAUUGACAUUGCCAUAACCUACAUGCUGCUGGUAGGAGCUAUUUCUCUGGACGUUUAUUCAUUCUUUAUGCAUGCUCUCUCUACCUGGGCCAUGAUCCGGCUUCCCAUUCCUCGCACCAAGGUGCAUAAGUGGUACUCAAGUAUUGCUGCUUAUAGAUUACAGUCUAUUAAGGCCAGCUCGGGAAUAAAAUCAAUGGCGCAACAUGAUCUAAUAAAGUAUUGCGUCAAGGCGAAAACAAGUAGGUGCACUGGACUCAUAAGGCUUUUCGACACUGGCAAUCUUUUACAGAAGUACGGUCAUACCAAAUGGAAGCCAGUCGAUCCUGAUCUGAAGCGUUUCAUCUAUGCUCAUCUGCAAAAGAAACGUGAAAAGUGUGAAAAAAAUUAUUUCAAACUCGAUGAACUCGAGAAGUUGUUAAACGAGAAAGGUGACAAUGUGUUCAAAGAGAAGUUCAAAGAAAUGCUUGGAAUGGAUGCCGAUUUGACACAAUCAAAAGCUGAAUUCUUGUCCAUUUUCCCUAGAAUGGAUCCAACAUAUUUCAUACGUAGCAUCUUCCUUUGGCAUAUUGCUACGGAGCUUUCCUAUUAUGAUGAUCUUGACAAUCAUCGAAUAGGUACGGCCACUUCGUUAUGCUAUAUUAGCAAGUCUAUAUCUGAUUACAUGAUUUACCUUGCACUUGUUCGUCCAUCAAUGCUGUCCAAAGGGUUCAGUGAUGUGAUAAACGGUAAAAUUUACAAGGAAGCCCAGAGUUUCUAAAUGGAGAAAAUGAAAACAAGCUUCGUUAACGCCAGGAAACAAUUUACCACGGACCUGCUUCACUUUGCUGCCUUUCAAGAUCAAUCUUUUUAUCAACCGCCACGUCAUAAAGUGGGAGCAGUGCUGCUUGAAGGAGCUAGCUUUGCCGUGAAACUGCAGAGGUUUGUGAGGGAAUUGCGGUGGGAUCAUGAUGAGAAAUGGGAAAUGAUUAGCGAGGUGUGGAUUCAGAUGAUGGCUCAUGCUGCAAGUCGUUGUUCAUGGAAGGAGCAUGCUCAACAGUUGAGGCAUGGCGGAGAGCUGCUCACUCACGUUGCCCUUCUCAUGGCACAUCUCGGAUUAAGUACAAAGGUAGGCAUAGAUGAAGAUGAUGAUGAUGACUCUGAUGCCUUCCCACCAUUUGAUGUUUAAUUGUGGCUUUUUAUUUUUUUUUCUUCCCCUUUCGAAAUGAACACUGUAAUUUGAGUAUAGUUUUCCUCUCUCCAUUUUUAUCACCAAUUUGAUUUA